CACUAUUUAAUAAUUGUCAAAAAGGACUCACAAAACUCAAAUACCACCAAGCAACAAAGAAGACGAAGACCAAGAAGAAGACCAAAGCUCUCCACUACACUGCACUCUCUCUCACCCUUCAGGCUCUCAACCACACCACUCUCUGUCUUUCUCUCUCCAAUUUCUAGGUUUUUAUUCAAAAUUCGCCAAGCUGGAUAGACACAGAGGAGACCGUUACUCUAACAACAACAACAACAACAACAACGACAACAACAAUAACCACAACAAUCAUUACGAUUCCCAACCCUAUCGUCACUCUAGAGGUCCUUCUCGCUUCUCCGAUGGACCUCUAACCAACAACCAUAACCGUCGUAGCCCUAAUAACUUCCGCGGCGGUGCCAACCACCGCCCUUUCGAGAGUCCUCCUCGCCUCUCCCCCGGCUCCGGCGGUGCCGAUACCGGACCCGGGGGAUUUCGCCCCGCUGGGUUUAGGCCCAUGGGCGGAGGCGGAGGAGGUUUCGGGUCUAAUAAUUAUGAUGAUAAUAACAAUAAUCAUCAGCAACUGGCGCCGCUGCCGUUGCCGCCACCCCUCUCCGGACAGAAGCGAGGGUUUUCUUUCCCCGGCCGCGGAGGCUCGCCAGAGCAAUUUGAUGGCGGUAGUUUUGCCAAACUUUUUGUUGGAUCUGUUCCCAGGACGGCCACCGAGGAAGAUAUUCGCCCUCUGUUUGAAGAUCAUGGAAAUGUUAUAGAGGUUGCUUUGAUUAAAGAUAAGAGAACAGGACAACAACAAGGCUGUUGUUUUAUAAAAUAUGCGACCUCGGAUGAAGCUGAUAGGGCAAUAAGGGCAUUACACAAUCAUCAUACUCUUCCUGGGGGAGUGGGUCCUAUACAAGUGAGAUAUGCUGAUGGAGAACGUGAACGCCUUGGUGCGGUUGAGUACAAAUUGUUUGUAGGAUCAAUGAACAAACAAGCCACAGAAACGGAAGUUGAGGAAAUUUUUUCCAAGUAUGGCAGAGUAGAAGAUGUUUACCUGAUGCGUGAUAAUAUGAAGCAGAGUCGUGGAUGUGGUUUUGUAAAAUACUCUCACAGAGACAUGGCAAUGGCAGCUAUAAAUGCUCUUAAUGGAAUCUAUACUAUGAGAGGUUGUGAACAACCGUUAACUGUCCGCUUUGCUGAUCCUAAGAGGCCUAGACCUGGAGAUUCAAGGGGUGGUCCUGCACUUGGAGGUCCGGGUUUAGGUCCUCAAUUUCAAACAUUAGGGCCUAGACCUUCACAAAAUUUUGGUGACCCUAUGGGUGAUCGAAUUCCACCUAAUGCUUGGCAUCCAAUGAGUCCACCCAAUGUAAGGCCACCUUCUAAUACCGAUUUUCGUGGCUUUGGGGGUCAGUUCCCUCCUAGGUCUCGUGACAUGGCAUUGCCAUUGAAUCCGGGUGGUCCUUCAAGUGGCUUUGGUGGCCCUCCCGAUGGUUCCCUUUUGGGACAGGCAGUUACAUCAUCUUCAACAUCGCAACAGAGUUUUAACCAGUCUAAACCUCAAGUUCCACCGGUCAGCCAGCAAAUGGCACCAUUCCAGAAGCCUAUGCAGUCACCACAGCACUUGCCACCUUCCCUUCAAUCACACCCUCAAACUCCAGCAUCAUACUCACAAAUGCAAACACCGCUUGCAUCACUACAGCAGCUUGGUCAGCCACAGCUCCCUCAUUCUGCUGGUCAAACACCCUUCAGUCAAGCACUACCAUCACAACAUUUACUUGGUUUGGGUGGACAGUAUUCUGUUUCUCAGCCUCAGGUUCAGCAGACUGCCUCUUCUGCAACAACACUACAGGCUCCUUUGGAUGUUAACUUACAACCUCAUUCUUUGUCUACUGUCACAAAUCAACAGCAGCUUCCUGCUCCUGUUCCGCAGCAACUUCAACAUCUUCAGCAGCCUCCUUCUCAGUUAGCUCAGAUGUUGUCACAACAGACACAAACUCUGCAGGCAAGCUUUCAGUCAUCUCAGCAAGCAUUCUCCCAAUUGCAACAACAGUUACAGCUGAUGCAACCAUCAAAUCAGCAACAGAGUUCUCAGCCUAAUAAACAGCAGUCUCAGUGGGGUGGGAUUGUACAACAGACAGUGGCCAGCACCCCUGCUACUUCAUCAGCUGCUGAUGCGCCUUCUGUGAAAUCUGCUGCUCCUGCCGUACCAGUAAUAAACCAGGCUAUGGCUCCUGUAAAAUGUAAUUGGACAGAGCACACCUCCCCUGAUGGAUACAACUACUAUUAUAAUAGUGUCACUGGUGAAAGCCGGUGGGAGAAACCUGAAGAGUUGGUGCUGUUUGAACAGAAACAAAAAUUGUUAGUUCAACAGCCUCAAACCCAGUCACACCCCCAAGUUCUAUCUGCCCAACAAGUCACACAAACGCAGCAGGUGCAGCUUCCAGCUCAUCUUCAACCACAACUCCACCACCACCAGCAGAUACAGCAGCCUAAUUUCUCAUCAUCGUACCAAGCUUCUGGAGUAACAGGUCACCAAAAUGUCCAGGAACUUGGUUAUACACAACUACAGGCAGCACCUGGUUCAGUCAGUGAUCCUGCACGUUUCCAACAGGGCUUUCAGGCUUCUCAGGAGUGGAUGUGGAAGAAUAAGCCAACAGGAACUUGAAGUGGUGGAGUAGAAAUGGAACUCAAGGUGGCACAUGGGGAAGAAGUGUAGCUGUUUGGGGAUACUGAGCCAAAACACCUGUAUCAACUCUCUCGAAGGCUAAGGCUGGCAACUUCUUCAACAAAGGAAUGUAUAAUGUGAUAAACAGUUUUAUUGAGCCUUCAGUUAUCUACUCUUUAUUGUGAGGUUUUACUGUCUCACAUGAAGUGGCUCAGUGAUUUAAGCCUGUGUGCCGUUAGUUCAUAGGGCAAUUGAUUGCCUUCACCGAGUAGUUAGAAUGUUAUUUUUGUCUAACGUAAUAUAUUGCCAUAAUCAUAAUCUUAGCUUAAACUGUACUUCGCAUAUGCUUUAUGAACCUUUACCAAUGUUAUUAAUACCUUACCAGCCGAUUCACAAAAUGUAAUACUGGUCUAUAUUGACUGUA